CUCCGAGUCACGUGACUGAUAUUCCAUCCUCGCCAUUUUGCAAUGUGGAGAGCAAGGCUUCUACUUUUUAUGGCAGAGAAAUAAUCAGAGCGGCUUUAUGCGCUGAGGACAAAGACCAGCGCGCUGAUCUGUGUCCGUGAUGGAGGAGGUCAGUGACACAGCAGUACUUGUCACCUCCUCUGCCCCUUCAACUCAGACCCUUCAAGCUGCCCCCAACCACGACCACCCAAAUUUCCAACAGAAACAAGCCGCCGACUCCCUCAUCCAGGUCAUUCAGAAGCUCAGCAAGAUCGUCGAGAAGCGUCCUCAGCGUUGUCGCACCUUAGGACAGAAACGUCUGCUCUGUGACUCCUCAACCAGGGUCCCAGGGGUAUCUCCUUACAGGAAAACCCGUAAAACAUGCAAGGAAGAAGAAAGCUUUGUCAGUGCUGGUAGUACUGAUGGAGAUGUUUGUAUGUUAGGAUCGGGUGACAGCAACAACAACAUUUCCACCUCCAUAACAGAGAUCGCAGAUAACCCAGGCAGCUCUGAGCACAAGCGGACAGUGACAUGCUAUCAGUGUAGCCUCUGCCCCUACCUCUCCCCUACCCUGAGCCUGCUGAGAGAGCACCUCAAACAACACGAUGAGAACCACAGUGACCUCAUCCUCAUGUGUUCCGAAUGUCGCUUCACCUCACGAGACCAAGACCAACUGGAGGCGCAUGUCAAACUGCAUUUUGACAAUAGCCCCUCUGCUACACGAUACAAAGAUGCCCUCAAAAGUGAAAGUUCAAAUGAGCUAGUGCAAAAGAAAUGGUACAGCUACGAAGAAUAUGGCCUCUACCGCUGCCUCAUCUGCAGUUACGUUUGCAGUCAACAGCGAAUGCUCAAGACACACGCAUGGAAACACGCCGGGUUGGUGGACUGCACUUACCCGAUAUUUGAGGACGAAGAAGGGGUCGCAACUGGCAGGAGAGAACCCCAAAUUGCUCAGGUCUCCGCCAGCGUCACCACAACCAGAGAGGAAGUGGUCCUCCUGUCCCCCGUUCUCCAAGAUAAAAGCACUCAGAAAGUCCAAUCCGGUUUAAAACUGCAAUUGUGCAUGCCGUUAGCGAUGGAAAAUAAACAGGAUAUGUCCACUCAGUCAGAGCCCAGAAUUGUGAAGAUAGAGCAGGAAAUGGAGGAGGAAACUGUGUAUCCGAUGAAAGACGUCGUCGCUGAUGGGCCGGUCGUGGAAGUGCAAGUAACUACAGAUGCGGAGAGCCAUGACAAUGCUUCAGACAGCUUGCUCUCCUCCGCUCAGAAGAUCAUCAACAGCAGUCCUAACAGUGCUGGACACAUCAACGUGAUCGUAGAGAGGUUGCCGUCUGCCGGGGAUGCGGUUUUGACGACAAACCCUCUUCUUCUAAGCUCAGAUGAAGAUGCGGACAAGAGCAUACUUAGUGCAUCCAAACAUGUCAAAGUAAAGGAUGAAGAAAUUGACAGUGCUAGCCCCAUUGAUGGCCAGUGUAUAGCUGAAAAUACUGUAUCUACUGGCGCAGACUUGCCGAGGGAUGAAAACGUACCUCCGACCGGCCGCAAAAGAACGCAUUCAGAAUCUCUGCGCUUGCACUCGCUAGCAGCCGAGGCCUUAGUCACUAUGCCCAUGCGAAUGCCCGAACUCGCCAGCUCAAAGGUCGUACAAAAGCUGACAGAGGAGGCGGUCGACGGAAAACCAUGCGUCAUCAAACCCAAACGAGAGCAAAGUUUGGGGUCACUCGGCGAAGGGGACGAAGAGGUCACAGGCACUAAAGCAGCGGGCAUCAGUCUGUCCCUCCUCACUGUCAUUGAGAGAUUGAGGGAGCGAUCAGACCAGAACACCUCUGAUGAAGAUAUAUUAAAAGAGCUACAAGAUAACGCGCAAGUGCAAAACGGAACAGCGAGUGGUGUAGUGAUGGGGAAUGGAACAGCGAGCUACGUGGAUGGAUUGGUAGCCACUUCUGAUAACAGCCUGGUGGACUAUAUUCAGGGCAGCGAAAGGCCGUACAGGUGUAAGUUGUGCCAGUACAGUAGCGGUAACAAGGGCUACAUCAAGCAGCAUUUGAGGGUGCACAAGCAGAGGCAGCCGUACCAGUGUCCCAUCUGUGAGCACAUCGCCACGGACAGCAAAGACCUAGAGAGUCAUAUGAUCCAUCACUGUAAGACCAAGAUGUACCAGUGCAAGCAGUGCCCGGAGUCCUUUCACUAUAAGUGUCAACUGAGAACCCAUGAAGGGGAAUUCCACAGCCCAGACAAGGCAUCAGUGACCGACAAGGUGACCAAAAGAGAAGAGGCGUAUCGCGUUACAGACAAUGAGCACAACGGCCAGAAAAUGUACAAGUGUGAUGAGUGUAAUUACACCAGCUCCACUUUUCUCGGCGUGAGAAACCACCGGCGGAUACACAACGCAGACAAACCCUAUCGUUGCUGCAGCUGUGACUUUGCAACCACCAACAUGAACAGUCUGAAGAGCCACAUGAGGAGGCACCCACAGGAGCACCAGGCCGUGCAGCUGCUGGAGCAGUACAGGUGCUCGCUGUGUGGCUAUGUGUGCAGCCACCCCCCGUCGCUCAAGUCCCACAUGUGGAAGCAUGCCGGGGACCAAAACUACAACUACGAGCAAGUGAACAGAGCCAUUAACGAGGCCAUCUCCCAAAGCAGCCGUGCUCCCCAGAAGUCAUCAGCAGUGCAGGACUCCACCAUCGACCAGCCUGCAUCAAUUUCCAUGGACAAAGCGAAGAACCCAGUGGAACAACUCUCUACCCCAUCUACUGCUAUGUCCAUCUCCGUGGACCUCCCUACCGCCCCCGCAGACCAGUCCCAGGGAGCGCCCGAGUCCCUCAACCCGCAGGGUAAAGAGCCCCAGCUGCCCCACGCCACAGAAUACUGCCUCCUGCUGUUCUGCUGCUGCAUCUGCGGCUUUGAGUCUACCAGUAAAGAGCGUCUGCUGGAGCACAUGAAGGAGCACGAAGGAGAUCUCAUCAGCAUCAUCCUCAACAAGGACCAACAGCUGGCCGUACAGCACAACAGCCUCCAGAUAGCAGAGUGACCUCCUCCCAGAACCACAGCGCUUGUGUCCCUUUAUACCGCUAUGCCUGCCUGACCCCUCUAAUGCCCCCUUACCUCAGGACGGCUGCGGUGGGUAGCACGGUGUUGCCAUUUCACGGAUGGUUAGGCUGUCAAGUGAGUGCUCUCCGGGUCAGUCCUUGUGUUGUCAUUUUAGGCGAUAAUAGCUGGAAAAUACCCAAGAACAUUAACACACUGACUGAAGAGGUGUUGAGUAAAAUGAUUCCUACUUGAGGAAUGUAUAACAACACCUGAGAACGUUCUUGUAUAAAACCUUUUGUUUGUGUGAUUUAAAUAAUUUCAUGUUAAAGGGGCUACAUGUUAAAUUACUUUUCAGAGGGUAAAGAAAAUACUUACAUCAGGAUUCUGUUAGUCAAAAAUCUCAUUUCCAUACACAAAGACCCUCAGUCGUCUGAUCAACCUUUAAAAUUCACGUGACUACAGUAAGCUAGGUCUCGUACAUUUUGGUUGAAAUUGUGUUGCGUACCAAAUGUAUGCUAAUUGAAUUGACAUAAUGUCCAUUAGUGCUGCACAAUAUAAGAAAAAAAAACAAAAAAGAAUGUUCAAUAUUGCAACAUAACCCUAUUAUACACCAGCAUUGUCAAGAUAAAAAUACUGAACUAAAACAAAAACGGUGAAAUUUGGGGCAAAAAUUUUCAAUCACGAAUAAAAUGUGAGAUUAUAAUAAAAAAAAAAUACCUCUAAAAUGAAGAAUAACUCUAGUGCAUUAAAUGUUUCAUAUAUUGCACUAUCAAUAUUCCAUGAAACAUAACGCAGUAUUGGUAGAUUUGCGACAUAUUGUGCAGUGACUACAUGUGCCAAGUGAUCUGUGAAAUUUGGCAAGUUUACAAAAAUGUCUAAGAAAAAAUAUCAUUCCUGUUCAAAACAAGCAACUGUAAUCUUUUCACUCAAAAUUGUGAACAUUUAGCUGUCAUUAAUGCUAUAGCAAAAAUGUGCAUUAUCGGUUAGGGAACAAAGCCAAGUAAUUAUUUUCCCAAGUUCUUAUUUAUAGGGAAGCACUGAUACCUCACCAUACUUUUCUUUGCUGCAGAAUUUUUUCUUUUUUUCCCCCAAAAUCCACAGCAUGGCCCAAGGCAGCUCUUUAUUGCUAAUAUAUUUAAUUAGCCCGGCAUUGCACAGGCCCUGGCCUUGUUUUGGCGGUACACGCAGACUCCCUCAUACCCACAGGCAUGUAUUGCAGCUUAAAAUAGAAUAUUUAUCCAUUUUAUUUUUUUAUGCAUGUUAGGUUCUGUUAUGCCAAGUUUAAGACGGUUAUUAUAGUUCACAUUUUAAUGUUAGUUUGUGGAUUUAUGUAAAAAUAGUGCUGGGGCGUACAUUAUGUGUUAUAGGAGGAGUGUGAAAGUGAAUGAGAAUUUUGUCAUUGCAUUUGACACUAGCGGUUAACUGUAUUACUUGAGGAAUGGUUUAAAAGGGACGUUUACAUAGAAAGUCAAUACUCGCAGUUGGUAUUGAAUUGUGCCUAGAUAUUGUUAACAAAAAGCUAGUUUAUGUCCGUUAUUGUGGUGCUAGGCUAAAGCUUACUUCAAGUCCAUAGAUUUUGUGUCAUAGUUUUUUCUUAUGUAUAUAUUACGUUUUUAUAUCAUUUUAAUAUUGUUUUUUCAGAACAUGUUCAAAGUAGCUUGUACAAAAAAAUGAAAAUAUAACCAAACAACCCAAGACGUUAACUGGCAUAGCCCUGCCAUUGUUGAAAGGACGGCUAGACGUCAGACAGUAAUGCGAUUACUGCAGUUCUGAUAUGAAAACCCAACUCAGCACUAUGUAAGAGCGCAAAGAACUCAGAUCAAUUUGGGCCCCAUGUUUACCGUGAUGAAUUGCCUUUUUUAUGGACAAUGGCAGCGACGUGAUGUGACGAGGGUAAAAUGUCGAUGAUGCUCGUGCUGACCGUGUGCAGAAAUCUCAAAGAAAAAGAAAAAAAUAAAUAAAUAAAGGAGGGAGAAAGUCACUAUUGGCACAAAGCAAACUUUCAACUUUGUGGCACAAGAGAUUGAGGCACCUUUCAAUAAUGUUGUGGAAAAGUGGAUAUAGUUCAACCAAGUAUGCGUGUUUAAAGUAUUUGACUAUGUGAUGAUUGUGAGGGUUGAUAGAACGCUUCCCCCUUUUCCCAGGCUCUCUGUUGUGCUUUUGAGCAAUACAUUUAGCUUCACAUCCAGAAACAAGACUAAUGCUUGUGAAAACUUGCUGUAAAACUGUCCUAGCUAACGUGGAAAUGAAAUUAUAUAUCUAUUUGUUUUUUAAUGUAUCAAAAAUGAAUUGUAUGCUCUGAUCUAGGGCAGAACAACUUUCCAAAUUGGCAGAUUUUUUUUGCAAUUUAUUUUUUUAUUUAAAUUUUUUUGGCAGAUUUUUUGCAAUUUAUUUUUUGAUUGGUUUGGUUGUUUUUUCCCCAACACUUUUCCACAAUAUUAUAACUUGACACGUGCCUGUCAUCUGAGCACUUUUAGUUAGAGCUGUAGAAUAAACCGUGCCAUUCAAACUAAUAUAUUCCUACACAAUAUGUAUCUUAUAGCCUUAUUAAAGCGAGUCACUUUUAAUAUGCCACGUUGCAACUUCAAAUUUGAGAUUGGUAUCUUUUAACACACAAUAGAGAGGUUUCACUUUAGCUUGGGUACGGCACUGUCCAGCCACUUCAUCAGUAUGCCAUUCAUUACCGUUGCACCGAGUGGAUGUGGAAAUUAAGAUAAAAUAGAAAAUCCAUUAUUCAUGCCUUCUUGCCUUACCUUACAGCAGCUGACAUUGUGUGUGUGUGCAAAGAGUAGGUUUGCGUACCACAAAAUUAAAAGUCAUUCUAACAGACCUGCUACAUUACCCUGACGUCGCGUUAUCAUAGAACAUAGUUAUUGGCUUGACAAUUUUAUGGCAAAAAGUGCACUUGUACACUUAAAAAAACGCAGGAGUAGGUGUAAUAGCCUAUUUUGGAUUCAAUUAAUUGGUAAAAAAUAUUUUUUUUUUUGGUAAUAGAACGCCAGCUAUUGAUUUUGGUCAUUUUUUCACAAUUGGUUGGAUGUUGGUACCUGAUUAUGACGUUAUGCAAUCCCAACCAAGAAUGCAUUUUAAGACACAAAUGUUUCAAUUUCUCUUGGGCAGAAAUUUCAUAUAAGAAGCUAAGUGUACGUCUUUAAGCUAACUUCUGAUAUCCACUAAUUGGGAAUAAUAUGAAAAACCUCGAAGUUCUCCAGUGUAUUUAAUAGAAAUACAUGGGAGCGCACAUUUCCUCGCUGACAACAAGUGUAUGGUCAUUGCGAAAAUUAUAAUAGUCAUUUUAACCAUGCGGAAAGCUGCAGGUUGUUGUUUUUGUGCCUUGAGUUGUUGAACAUCUGCGUUAUUUUUUGAACUAGACUGUUCUGCCAAAUGUCUGUCAAAUUCACUCGAAACUUUUUGUAUUGAAAUCUGCUGAAUUGUAGAGCAGGGCUUGCACAAAUGAAAAGUUCUCAAGUUUUUCAGAUAGUUGCUUUGCUAUUUUUUUUUGUUGACUUCUAGCAGAAUGUCUAUUUUAAAGGGUCCGUAUUACACUGUUUUCUGAUCUAUGUUGCGUUUCCUCAUCAAAAACAUGUCUAACACACAAACCUUGCAUAUUUAGGCUGAAUUCUCUUCUCAGACAGAAUACACUCCCUUCCACCUUGUGAUGUCAUGUACUCCACACACCUUUACUACCAUCAUUUGGAUAAUUUCAACCCUGGAAUUGCCGAUCUCUAUUUAACAAAUGGUAAAAGGAGCUGUUAACUUGAAAAUCAUAGCUUCGUGACAUAGCAAGUUGGAACUGAGCAUUUUGAGAUCUGGAGAUGUUGACAGUAAUAAUAAAAAGUUACUAAAAUGUGUGAAUGAAACAAAACACAACUCAACUGGGUAUGUUUUUGGUGACGUAACAAGAUUAUAACAUGACUAAAACCUCACGAGUCAAUCUUGCGCGAUAUGGGACCUUUAAAUAUAGUUGUACCUAACAAAAUGUACUUUUUUUUCCUAAUUUGCAUAAUCCAGGGUAAGGGUAAGUUUUUACUGUUGGUAACUUAAACAUGUAAAUAAUUGUAGAACGCUUAAACUGACUUUUUAAAAAAUGCAGUAUAUAUUUUUACUGAUCUUGUAUGACAAGCGAAACGUUUUUAAGGGAACCGAUGGUGAGCUCGGUUUAAAUGAAAGAGCUGUGUGAAUUCAAAACCAAAGGACUGGGGAGGACUUGUAUUUUUGCUCAGAUUCACUUUUGUAAUCAAGGUUAAAAUGGCCUCUUAAAGGGCCACGUCACGUUCGCUUGGGUUAUUUAUUGUUAGAACAUCUUAGGCAGUAUUAUGUAUCUACUUUGUCACUGUAUUUUUGGUAAUAAAGACUGAACAAAUAAUCAAAAAGUUAUAA